AUGGAAAGGUUGCAGAUACCUUACCACCACCGCCGCCAUGACUUCACCGCCACCGAAGCCAAGAGCCACCAACCCAACCAACCCCACCACCACCACCACCCCUCCUUCUCCUCCUGUCUCCUCGACGCCAUCGACCAAUCUAUCGAUAAGGGCGGCGGAGGAGGAGGAGGAGGAGGAGGAAGAUGCGCGGCCGACGGCGCGGGUUCCGGCGGAGCGGCGUCGGCGCGGCUCCGCUGCUCCAGUCGCGUCCCCGCCGACGAGAAGAAGCGCGUCGACCAAAGAAGCUACCCCCGCCAUGCCGCCCACGGCCGCGGCGCGGAAGACCGGCGCUUCGCGGGGCGGGUCUCCGAGAAGGUGGCGCCGCCGCCGCGCCACCGGGGAGCCACCGCGGAGUACGAGCAGCGGCAGCCACACCGCAGCCGGGCGCGGGAGAGAGACCGCUUCUGCGGUAAUUCGACGUCUAGCUCGUCUGAGUCGAGCUAUGGCGGUUUCUCCUCCUCAGAGGCCGAGUCUGUCGUCCGCUCUACACGUCACCUGCCGAAGCCCAUUCGCACCGGCGGCACGCCGGAAAGAAAGGCGGAGCAGAAGAUGAAGGGCUCUAUCCGGAGCAGGUUCCGUGCGUCCAAGGUCAACGGGGAGACUAGGAAUGGGAGGACUCCCGUGUCCCCAGGCGCCCGCCUUGCUGGCUUCCUCAACUCCCUCUUUUCCACGGCCACCCACCCCAAGAAGGCGAAGAUCAUCUCCACGGCUUCCAACUCCGCCGUCCGCAGCGUCAUCAGAGGAGGAGACGAGUCUGGUUGCUCCUCUGCGUCGUCCUUCUCGCGGUCCUACCUCAGUAAACCGGCGUCGAGCGGCGGCGGCGCCGCCGCCGCUGCCAAGAGAUCGGUCAGGUUCAUCGUCGAAGAGGACUACCUCCCCGUUUGCCACGAGCCGCACUAUCUACCGCAUCUAACGGCCAUCAGGGUGAGGGAGGAACCCCCUCUACCGCCGCCGCUGUCUUCUAAUCUAGUGGCCACCGCCGUUGCGGAGGAGAGGAAGCGCGUGGCAGAGAAGGCGAGGAAACUCAUCACCGCCUACGAGGAGAAGGAGAGGAGCAGCGCUAACGCCUUAGCCGACGAGGAGGAGGAAGAUGAAGACGACGACGCUGCGAGCUACUGCAGCUCCGACCUCUUCGAACUGAAGGAUUUGUCGGCGAUCGGCGGCGGCGGCGGCGGCGGCGACGACGACGAACUGCCGGUGUACGAAACAACGCACUUCUCCGUCAAUCACGCCGUUUCCCGGGGCAUCAUCGUGUAA